AUGGCGUUGCAAGCACUGGAGAAGAUCGGUCGUGCCUCAUCGGUGAUCAAUGUGACGAAGAACGACAAUAGAAGUGAGGAUGCGCCAUCAAUCGACGAAAUUGACGAGAUUACAAUCGUUAUGAAACGUUUUCUGGCGAAACUUCGAGUUCAACUGGCCUCAGCACGUUUCUCGGGCAGUCCGUCAAGGAGUCCACCAGCUAGAACCGCUAAACAAAAAACACCACCAACGGUCAGCAGCCAACGCAAGGAUGAAUCGGCGAAACGUAGUGAUGACAAGAACGCUCCCGCUGCUAUUUCGAAAAGUGGUAUGGCAGCAUCUGCUCAACAACAACAGCAAAUCGACAGCAACAGUAAUUCGGCCGAUGCUUCAACUACUCCUCUGAAUACCCCUCGAGAUUCAGGUGCAUAUAUGAAUUGA